AUGGCAGACAGGAGUCGAAGCCCACGACUUGAUCGAAUUGAUCGCAUUCCGGAAGAAUGUGGACACGACGAGGAUUGGGUUUCGCUGGAGGAAGCGGAGCGCUUCAAGUGCCCGAUCUGUUACUUGGUGGCCAAGAAUGCCGUGUCUCAUGACUGCGGGGCAUCCCUGUUCUGCGAAAGCUGCUGGAACGGUUGGAUGACGCGCGAUAACAGAUGCCCGAGCUGCAGAAAAGAUGCUUCAACUUUUGCGCCCGCACACUUUGAGCGGCGCACCAUCAAGAACUUGAUGCUGAAUUGCCCAAACGGCUGUGGGAUGACGCUUUCCUUGGCCGACAAAGCGUCCCACGUCAAGAACCAGUGCCCCAACCGCCUUGUCCCUUGCAAAAAGUGCGAUGGCAGCUUUCCUGCUCAUGAGCUCGCAGCGCACAAGGAGAGCUGCAGGGGUCGCCCGGAGCCCUGCAUCAUUUGUGGCGAGAUGGUCGCAGCAGCCGACAUGAAGCGGCACUUCAAGAAGACUAAAGGACACCUCUCGGCUUUGCUGAAAAAGGCCAAGACGCUGGGCGAAGAAGUGUCCGAGCUCAAGGCGGAGCGCGCGCUCCGCGAGGCGGAGGCUGAGGAGAUGCUCCGAGCCCUACCCGCCCAGCAGGGCAGGAUCCCGGCAGGUCCCCCACCGCCGAGGUGGUUCGCCCCCGUCCCUCCUCCGGCGCCGGCGCCGGCGGCGGCGGCGGAGCCUCCACCACAGGCAGUAGCCGCCGAGCUGCCGCCGAACGUCGAGGUGGUGCCUCCGAGGAUUCCACAGGAGCAACGGGCUGCCGCAGCACCGGUGCCGGCCCUCCAGGUGCAGCUGCUGGCCAGUGGAGCUGACGACAGGAGUGUUUGUUUGUGGGAUGCCCGCACCGGGGCGGUCAGUGCUACACUCAGCGGGCACAGGGAUAUCCUCUUCUCAGUGUGCUGCCUCAGCCCUACGACAUUAGCCAGCGCAAGUGCUGACCACACCAUCAAAGUUUGGGACCUUCAACGCCUCACCUGCACAAGGACCCUUUGGGGCGGUGGAAACACAGCCGUACGCUCUGUUUGCCAGCUUGAUGCCACGACUUUGGCAAGCGCCGAAUUUGGUGCCGUCAAGGUGUGGGACCUGCGCACAGGCAGGCCUCAAGCCUUGUUGCCUAGUAACAACGCUCGCUUCCUCGACUGCAUUUGCUCGCUGACGGCAACGACUUUGGUCAGCUGUGGUCUUGAUGGCUUGCAGAUUUGGGAUGUCACGGCCAUGCGCUGCACAGAUGUGUUCAUCAAUGACGACCAAUCGUCACGGAAGUCCGUGCGAGUCGUCACACCGAGGACGGUUGUAGCCGGUGGAAACACAGGUGCAGAUCUCUGGGAUUUCCCUACUCGCACGAAAGUGAAAGACUUCCUAGGCCAUGCAGCGGAUGUGCUCGAUGUUUGUGCGCUUGCGCCUGACACUGUGGCUACAGCCGGUAAAGAUGCGAGUGUCAAAGUGUGGGAUUGCAGCACUGGCAAUUGCAGCAAAACUUUAGUUGGACACGCCGAAGGGGUCUACUCCAUUUGUGCUUUGUCGUCUUCGACCCUUGCUACGGGUGGCCGAGAUUCAACGGUGAAGCUCUGGGAUGCUAACACAGGCGCUUGCACGCGGACUCUGACUCGACACAGGGGGUUCGUACGAUGCCUCUGCCCGCUGAAGCCAGCUUAG